AUGCUUCAGAUAGGAAAUACCUUCUUCUACCUUACCCUUGAUGAUUCAGGCUAUGUAGAAACCUGUUUUAGGUUUGUGAUCUCAGAGAGAAAAGAGCUGGUAGAUUUGGGCUUCCUGAAGGAAGAUGACCAGUUCAAGGACUUCCCUGCAGAUGACUGGGCUGGUUUAGAUGAAAAUGAAGAUGCACCUGUCUGGGGGGAUAAUUGGGAUGAUGACAGGGUAGAAAAUAACUUUUCCAAUCAGUUAUAA